AUUAAUGUUGCAUGAAGUCCCCGUGGUUUGUUCUUUUCUCCUUCACACUGAUAGUGUUAUAUGGCUCAUAUGUGAUAUUUUUUAGAGGUCAGUCAACAGGAACUGCGUCUGUUCGAGUAGAAAAACAAAAGUGAAAGUGUUUCACAGACAGGGAGCAGCCCCGUCUGGGAGGGAAACGUCAGAAACUUUACAAACAAUUUACGGAUCUAUUUCGUUAGAAGGAGUUAUUUACUCAGGCCGUUUAACUUCUGAAUCUCUACAAUGAAAUGGAGAAAAGGAGAUUAUGUCCUUCUAAGGGACAUGGAUGAAGAAAGACCAAGAGUGUCCUGGAGAAAGUUCUAUGUCCACCUGUCAGAAAAGACCAAUGACGCUCAUCUUCCCUGGGUAUCAAGAUUUGAAAGUAUUGGCCAAGUGAAGGUGGACUCUCCGGAGGACAGUGACUACAUCCUGCUGUUCUGUCCCAUCGCAUCCAGAGUUGGAACAGACAUCAGUGACGCUCUGGAAAGUAUUCCAGCUGGUGACAAAGAAGUCAUCCUUGUGGUGAUGCAUCACACCUUCAACAAAGAUCAUGUUGUGGCUGACAGCAGGUGGCAGGUCAGUAACCCAAAAGUCCUCCUAAUUGUGGACACUCUGUUCUUCGAGGGAUGUCCUCUGCAGUCUAAACACAAUGAAAUCGCAUGGGAUGAAAUCAAGAAGUUUCUUGGUGUCUGUGCUGAGGUCCCCAGCCGUGGCUUCAGUGAUUACUGUAUGGCUGUUUUACAACUUGUGUGGGCUGUGAUCUUGUUGAUGAUAACUUGGAUUCGUCGACUCUGCGAGAGGUGUUUUGGGAAUAUGGAAGAAGAAAGACCAAGAGUGCCUUGGCGAAAGUUCUAUGUCCACCUGUCAGGAAGGACCAAUGACGCUCAUCUCCCCUGGGUAUCAAGAUUUGUAGGUAUUGGCCAAGUUAAGGUGGUCUCUCCUGAGGACAGUGACUACAUCCUGCUGUUCUGUCCCAUCGCAUCCAGAGUUGGAACAGACAUCAGCGAGGCUCUGGAAAGUAUUCCAGCUGGUGACAAAGAAGUCAUCCUUGUGGUGAUGCAUCACACCUUCAACAGAGAUCAUGUUGUGGCUGACAGCAGGUGGCAGGUCAAAGACCCAAAGGUCCGCCUGGUUGUGGACACUCUGUUCUUCGAGGGACAUCUUCUGGAGUCUAACCUCAAUGAAAUCGCAUGGGAUGAAAUCAUGUUUUUUUUUGGUGUCCAUCCUGGGUUCAUUCAGGUCUGCAGCCGUGGCCCCAGUGAUGACUGUUUGAAGAACAUCGUGAUUGCUGUACUUAUUGUGAUGGUUGUGACCUUGGGAAUAACUCUGGGUUAUCUAAUCUACGGGGGGUGUUUUUGUUUUUGUUAAAAGCUGUCAGACAAAGUUCACAGUCAUUUGACUAUCACAUCAGGUAUUCUUCAAGCUACAGGUUUACACAUGAAAUUUGUUAAGUAAAACAAAAAUCAUCUGAUAACAUUAAAUACAAGUUAUAUUUGAUCGAUUUUCUCAAGUGAAGUUUGAGGACGAUGUAGGUCUUCUAGUGCCAAGGCAUUUCAGUGAUCAUGAUUAUUAAGGUCCACUAUUAGUGUGCUGUGCUUUCUUUCUUUAUUUUUGGUUUGUGUGACUUUUCUGCAUCUAUUUCUGGUCCAAAACUAAGGCUGCAUGGGACGCCGCCUUCUAUGCUAAAGACUAUUGAUUGUGCUUUUCUUUAGUUUUUUUCAGUUAAUGCUCACCAAUAACUUUAAUUUGCCUAUUUUGUAGCUUUAAAGGAGACAUAUUAUGCAAAAAUCACUUUUUCAGGCUUUUCUAACAAAAACAUGUGACCCUGGCCUGUCCACAAUCACCUUAAAUACCAGAAAAUCCAUUCCCCCCCACACACACACACAGCUCAUUCUGGGAGGGGCUGAAACAGAGGGCUUGCAAAAAAUGCAAGAAUCCUUUACUAUAUAUUUUGUUUACUAAAUAUUUUUUUUUAACAAACUUCACAGGCAUGUUUUGGGGACCUCUGAGAACAAUACUUGUCUUAAAAGAAUAAAAUAUGCCCCCUUGAAGUCACUUUACCAGUAAAAUAAAAACUGAGUAAACACAAGAAAUGUAUUAAUACUUAAGUUUUUCAUUACAUGAUGAAGUUUUUCAAACAUGAGUUGUAAAAGCAGUUAAAAUAGGAUCUAAUUAUUCUAAACUUGUUUUGACAUUGAAGAUAAAAUCCACCUGCAUACUGGGGAAAAAAAAACUACUGGCUGUGUAGUCAAGUGAUAGGAACCCAGGUUUAGGAAGGAAGAAGAAGAAGAACUAUUCAUGUGACACCAUCCCAUCCAGUCUGCUAAAACUCAAACACGGAGACAUCUGUGAAAGAGAGCAGCAAAGUUAUUUUCUACUUUUAUAUAAUAAAAGCAAAAAGUAAAGAAAGUGACUGAAAGUUAGGCGGAGUGACAAAGUUAUUUUCUACUUUUCAUGCAACAGUAU